AGCGAAGCAUAUCCCAAACGGCAGGCAGACCCAAACCCACCCCGCCGACCAAAUCGAGCGAAGCAAAUCGUCGAGCACAUGGAGGUCAUGGCCGCGGACCCCUCCUCGCCGGCGCCCCCGGCAGCGGCGACUGCGCUCCCGGAGCCCCCGUACCACCACCCUCCUGCGGAUCACCCGGCGACGCCGCCGCCUAAGCCGGCAGCGGCGGCGGGUGCGGGGCUGAGGACCCCGUCGCCGUCGCCGUCGGUGCAGGUGUCCGGGUACUCGCUGCACGACCUACUCCUGCUGUCCCCGCCGCCGCCGAGCUCGCGCCGGCACCGGUCGCGGACGCGCGGGGCCGCCGGGACGGGCGUGGACGAGAGCAUGGAGAUGGUCGCGGUGGCGGGGACGCCAACGCCGCCCAGGCGGAGGCGGCGCGGGGCCGCGGAGCAGUGCGCGGCGCCCGCGCUGGCGUCUCCCAGGAACACGCGCCGGGCGAGGCGGAGGCUCGAGAAGGACGUUGAGGCCGAGGAGGACGCCGCUAGGAGGGCCCGCAGGAGGAAAUCCACCAGGGCGGCGCCGAAAGCUGCAGUGGCUGUGGACAAGGCGGCGGCGGUGAACGAGGAGGAUACAAGCUUGGCUUUGGUCCCGGCUUGCCCAGAUGCUACUCGCGGAACUGACUUCGUGGAGCAAUCAGGGUGGGAAGGUCUCUGUGAAAGGAUUGCUGAGCUGGUGAUGUGGAGGAACGUGGCUAAAUCGGCACUGUGGUUCGGGUUUGGAUCUAUGUUCUUUUUCUCAUGCUCAUUUUCGAGAGAGAUCACCUUCAGCCCAAUCUCGGCUCUCUGUCACCUCGGCGUUAUGAUCUUGGGCUUGGCAUUCUUCAAAGAUUCUGUUCCUCAGAGGCCGCAGGUGGAGAGGGGGAGAAGCUUCCAGUUGACUGAAGAAGAUGUGCUUCGUGCUUCACGAGCUGUGCUUCCCAUUGCAAACUCCAUGAUAUCUACGGCACAAGUGAUCUUCUCUGGUGAACCCUCAAUGACUCUCAAAGUGCUGCCUGUACUUCUGUUUGGUGCUAAAUAUGGGAGUCUGGUUACAGUGUGGAGGCUUCUAGCUGCAGGAUUUUUCACUAGUUUUACAGUCCCAAAGUUAUAUAGCAGCUAUUCAAGUCAAAUUCAUAGAAGAGUUGAGAUUUUGAGAGAUCGGGCUCAAGAAUCAUGGAAGUCUUGUCCACGCAAGAAACUUGUCGCAGCCACGGCAGUGACGAUGUGCUGGAACUUGUUUAGUGUGAAGACACGUGUCAUGGCAGCUUUUGUUUCACUUGUAAUACUGCGUUACAAUCAGAAGUACCGCAAGGUGGACAUCAACACUGAUGUUGAAAUUUGUCAAGACAAUGAAGGGCAGCAAAUGGAGACGGACGAGUAGAUUUUGCAGCACACUUGUACCAAUCUCAGGCACAGCUCAUGGCUCAUCAGAGGGACGGCAGCAGUGUCUUCUUAACCUGCUACGAUUACUACUACUUCUGUACAAUAAUAUUCAGUUCCACGCCUAGUGGUUCUGUUAGCUGCUAUGUAUUUAUGAACGCAUCAGGGGAGCUUCUACUAUGCCGUAAUUAUGAGCACUCGUAGAGUGCGUUCUGCAUGCUGAUAAAUAAAUAGAAAAGCGUGUCGUGUGUAUUCUCGAGUUUGC